AUUGAAAAUAUUUAUAUCAUAAUGGAAUAUAGAAGACUAGGAUCUACAGGACUCAAAGUGUCUGCCAUCGGAUUUGGAAAUUGGUUAAACGCAGACGACAAUGAAACUUUGGAGAGGAAUAUCAAAAUUAUAUAGAAAGCUUGGGAGUUGGGAAUCAACUUUUUCGAUACAGCAGAAGGCUACGGAAAAGGAAAGGCAGAAAUACAAUUAGGGAAUGCUCUCAAGACACUCAACGUCUAAAGACAAGAUUACGUAGUCAGCACUAAGAUAUACUUUGGUACAGCCUAAGAUGAUUUUCCAAAUUCCAGAUUUCUUUCAAGAAAACAUAUUAUUGAAGGUACGACUCAAUUUCAUAAUAUAGGGCUCAGAAAUUCACUCAAGCGAUUAGACUUAGAAUAUGUCGACAUUGUCUUUGCACAUAGGUAUGAUCCACAAACUCCUUUGGAAGAAGUUUGUAGAGCCUUUGAUUGGGUAGUUAGACAUGGUUGGGCUCAUUAUUGGGGAACGAGCGAAUGGACAGCUCAAUAAAUAUUAGAAGCUAUAGGUAAUAUCUUUAAAUUAUUAUUCAAGGUAUUUGCGAUAGGUUGAACCUUAUCAAACCAGUUGCCGAACAACCACAAUAUAACAUGUUGGUUAGAGAUAAGUUUGAAUGGGGCUAUAAUAAUGUUUUUGCUUAAGGUUAUGGAUCUACCAUUUGGUCACCAUUAUAUUAAGGAAUUUUGACAGGAAAAUAUAAUGAUGAUCUUUUUGCAGAUGGUAGAUUUAAAAAUACCGAUAAUCCUUACUUAAAAAGUUUUUAUGAGAGAACAUUAGGAAAUCCAGAAUGUAUUAUAUAUUAUCUAUAAAAAAAGAUGCCGCUAAAGUUCAGUCUUAAUUAAAAAAAUUAGGUGAGUUAGCCAAAGAAUUGAAUGUUACAUAAGCUUAAUUAUCGUUGGCUUGGGCUUUAAAAAAUAAGGAUGUUAGCACUGCCAUUACAUCAGCUUCAAGAGUUGAGUAAUUAGAGGAAACCUUUAAGGCAAUAUAAGCUGUAAAAUUGAUCACUCCAGAAAUUGAAGCAAAAAUAGAAGCUAUACUUUAAAAUAAACCCGAAACAUAAAUCAAUUUUAAGGUUCAAAAGCCAUUCCCAACUAGGAGGGAUUUGUAUGUUUGAUAUCAACCAUAAAAUAAAUAUUAGUAUAAAUUUGAUCCUAUG